CACUCUCUUUGGCGCCAGGUUGCCCAGAGUCCCGUCUUUGCUGGUCGAGACGUUUGUUCCCUACGACUAAACGACGUUCAUUCCGACUCAAAUCACCGUCUGGUUCUACGAUGAUUUACCCAGCAUCCACUCUUAUCCUCGCUACCUUGGUCUUCAACGCGGCCUCGGUUCUAGGUGCACCUGUCCGGAUUCCAUCGGCCUCACCGCCCGUGGCUCGUGCGUUAGCAGACGAUCCUGUCCUUCCCCGGAAGGUGGAGAUCGUCGACGUUCCCGCUCGCAUGAGAUCAUUAGACGAUGACCCUAUGGACGCCCGUUCUGCCCCCGAGAUCGACAUUCGCGACACUGCUUCCUCCGAAAGCAUAGAGGCGCGCGACCCAUUGCCUGAAGUCGAGGAGAUCGUUCGACGCUACCCUCGAAAGGUCUACCACGACUUCUAUCAGAAGCGUUCUCAACCUUCAGCACCGCCGGAGAAACGGGCGCCCGAGCCUGACACUCCGCAGAUCGAACGGCGAUUCCCUCGUCGCUCGUUGUAUGAACGCUAUCAGAAACGCUCCGAGCCCGCCUCCCCGCCUGUUGAAGCUCGUGCACAAGCUGCCGAGCCUCCUGAGCUCCAACAACGGCGCUACCCUCGCAAGGUCUAUGCUGAUUACUACGAGAAGCGCUCAACACCUCCCUCUCCACCGGAACAACCUGUUGCUCGGGAGCCUGCUCCUGAGCCAGAAACUGUUCAGGCUCGUCGCUUCCCCCGUGAAGUCUACAUGAAGCACUACGAACGGCGCCAGGCUGAUCCUGUCAAGCAUUACGGUCGCCAGGCUGAGACCCCCGAAUCAGCACCUGCCGACGCAACUACUCCCGACGCUGCAACUCCUCCCACUGACCCUGCCGCCGCCCCUGCCCAACCUUCAGGUGCAGCAGUGUCAGGUGGAGCUGCCGUAGUGCAACCACCCCAGGCUUCGACCCCACCGGUUACCCCCCUGAACUCGACAUCCACUCCCCUCGACGUGAACGCUCUGUUCCACAACAUCACUUCGAACGAUGCAGGGUUCCAACCCGGAACGACAAUUCAGGAGACUACCGUGUUGGUCCACAAGAUCACUCACAUUUCCGAGCCUCAGCAGAAGGUCGACACUCCUCCCGUCGUCCCUCCCUCCCCUCCCACUGGCUCUGACCCAACCGCCCCUUCACCAUCUGACCCAGCCUCGUCUGCCUCCCCCUCUGCUUCUGGUGGAGUUGCAGCCGACCCUUCAGCACCACCCGUAGCUGGCGGCGAACAAGCACCCCCUCAGCCAUCUCCCAGUGACGCUGCCACCUCCCCUCCGCCAACUGAUUCGUCGACCACUCCUCCAGGUGCGCCGACGACAGAGGACGGUGCCAGUGAACCCAAACCAGAAGAGACCAACUCUGGCUCGGAAUCCACUGAGGGCGGCGCAGCUGCCCCGCCACCUGGUGAAGACGGUGCCGCUUCUCGAAGGUCAAUCGGAAGCGAUGCAUCGCCGGAACCGAUCCUUCGUCGAAGGAACCUAGGCUACAGCGGGCCUGCAUGGGCAUCGUACGCUAAACGGUCUGUUACGAAUUGAGUUGAACUUUCAUGUAUUAUCUAGGGACAUAUAACCACCGCCGAGUCGCCUUUGACUGGUUUCAAAGGGACGAGGCACAAUAUAUUUUUUGAAAAAA